AAGACUGUUUCUUUCCAUAUGCUUUGCUAAUCUUGCUUUGCAUGUUUUGAUUCAGUUUUGUUUCACUAUUCAUGGCACAAUAAGCUUAAAUUUGGGUGGCUGUGAUAAAACAAAUUGGUUAUGUGUUCUCACCUCAAAUUUCAAUGCGUCGCUAUCCCAGCAUAAGUUAGCAAAAACCUAACCAUUCAGAUCAGCGGUCAGUUUUAGGCUCUGUUCUUUAUGUUAGAAAAAAGGGCAAACGGUCAGAACAAAGCAAAAACGUAAAAGAAUAUUGAACAUUUACACGUACCAAAUUCCAGGAUCCUCAUCACGUGAGAUCAAUGAACAGCCAAUCCACCGACCGACUGCAUUACAAAACAACACCGAAGAGGGCGUGGAGGGACGCGAAAAACUAAAGGAAGGUCUACUUAAACUUCUCAUCUCAUCAUGCUAAAAGCACAGUUAUACGCGACAUUGCUGUUGGUGAUGAGAUGCAGCGGUUUCCGCUACACAUCUCUGGGACGUCCUCGGAUAGUGCGCACCCAGGAGGGCCACAUUCGAGGAUACACGUCCAAGAGCGCAUCCGGAAAGGAGUAUGUCGCCUUCAAGGGCAUCCCGUACGCGCGGCCUCCAGUAGGGGAGCUGCGCUUCCAGCCGCCGCAGCGCCACCCAGGCUGGCGGGGAGUGUUGGACGUCAAAGACCACGGCAGUGUCUGUCCUCAGAUCGACAUGACCGGUAACGUAACAUUGGUCGGUGAUGAGGACUGUCUGUUCGUGAACGUUUACUCGAGGAAAGUGAGGACGUGGGGGAGCGGCGUCGGCCGUCUGCCGGUAAUGGUUUUCGUUCACGGAGGAGCCUUCAUUCGCGGCAGCGGCAACGACCGCUACUACGGCCCCAAGUACCUGAUGGACGAGGACAUCGUGCUGGUGACGUUCAACUACCGGCUCGGGGUGUUCGGCUUCCUGACCACCUACGACGCGGCAGCACCAGGCAACUAUGGCUUGCGCGACCAGGUGCUGCUGCUGCAGUGGGUGCAGGACAACAUCGCCAGCUUCGGCGGAGACCCGAAGGCGGUGACGAUCUUUGGACAGUCGGCGGGAGCGGCCAGCGCUUCACUUCUGGUGCUCAGUCCUAUGACUAAAGGUCUGUUCCACCACGCCAUCACUCAGUCAGGCUCGGCGCUAGCCAACUUCGCCGCCAGUGGAAGGAAAGUUGGGUUUACAGAUGAGCUCGCUCACAAAUUAGGCUGCUACAGCACAAACACCGAAGCCAUGGUUGCCUGCCUCAAGAAGUUGCCUACCCAGUCGCUGCUGGCGACGGCAACACCAGACAAGCAUCUGUACCAGCCACGUGUUGAUAGAGAUGCCGCCCGACCACUGCUACCAGAAGACCCACGAAUUCUUCUCGAGAAAGGACAGUUCCACCAUGUACCAUGGAUGCAGGGUGUCACCAAAGAGGAAGGCUGGUUCUUUGUGCCAAUCGUCGCAGACGACAAACAGCUGUCGGCAGGAUUCGCCGCUGGUAACGUCAUAGCAUGGGGUCUAGUGUCUGACAUUCUAUCCUCUUUGGAUUUCAAUCCUCUGGAUUGUGGGGCAGAUCCUAUGACAGAAGUGCACAAAGUGAAGAAGUUUUAUUUGGGCUCGGAAGGCCAUAAUACUGUAAGUCGUUUGCCGAUUGCCCAGAUCAUCAGCGAUCGUUACUUCAACGCUCCAAUGGCGGCAGAGGGCAACCUGGCGUCCCGGAGAUCCCCGGUUUACCGGUACGUGUUCGAGUACAAAGGACCAGAUCGCCUGUUCUGGGAAAACAUCACUCGCCUAAAUGAGUUCAACACAGACCCCGGGCACGGCGACGAGCUGCUGUAUCUCUUCAGCCAGGCGGAGCUACCUCUAACGAAGCCGGGAACACCGAACUACAACAUGACCCGCGACAUGGUCAGCCUGUGGACCAGCUUCGCCAGGACCGGGAAGCCCACUUCCGAGUCGUCAGCCGCUCCGGACUGGCCCAUCUUCACGGAGCAGAGCCAGCGGCACAUGAGGCUCGACUCGAAUCUCACCAUUGGAGAACGGCUGUUUGAGGACCGCGUUGAGUUCUGGCAGACGAUCGCUGUGAACGAGCCCUGGAGACACCCUGUAAAACCGCCCUGUCCUCAAGGACGACUGGCAGGUGGUGAUAACAAUAUUCCGGACGAUCUUAACCGAGCCUUCUACGGGGUUCUCAUCACAAAGUUCAGUUAGCUUCGAGACAUGUGAAAUCAUUCGAAAUCAAGCGACUCUGGUGAGUUGGUUGCGUUCUUUUUGUUUUAUGUCCCAUGAAAUAGAAAUGAUAUGAAAA